AUGUCAAAUACCUCCAGAUAUCUUAGCGCUCCUGUUAUUAGUGCCAGCGCUUCAAUCCCGGUUCUCAAAGAACCAUCCGGCAUUUCUGCGCAUGAUGGUAGGCGCCCGGACGGAUGCACACUAAUACCUUGGAGAGCCGGCAGAUAUUUGGCGUGGGAUGUUACGGUCCCUGGCACCCUCGCCGAACGAUACGUAAACCUGACAAGUAAAGAAUGCGGUUUGGCCGCGGCCAGGGCAGCGGAUGAGAAAAUGAAAAAAUAUGGGAACGCCAUCCCCUCGAUGGAAUUCUUGCCAAUAUGUAUCGAGGUUCUCGGCCCGAUGAAUCCCAACACUUUUAAAUUUCAUAAGGUAAUAUGCAAAAUGAUCAGCGUCAGAUCAGGCGACAGCAGGGAACUGUUUUUUGCAACUAACCACAUUUCGUGCUUGUUGCAGCGGUUCCUGCGUGUCUGUGUGCUUGAAAAUAUCCAACUGAAUGCCGACAUGUGCAAUUAA